GUAGUGUCGCGAGACCUGUUCUCUCCGGAACUUCCGGCUCUGGUCCGGAGCGCUGUCGGGUCCUAGAGAUGCGGUGUCGGCUUCUGUGGGGUGCUGCCCGUUGUCUGUGGGCCCGCAGGGCUGGGGGCCCGGCCCGCCGGUUCAUAAGCAGCAGUGGUCCGCCGCUGGAGGAGCUGUUCGCCCGCGGCGGGCCCUUGCGGACCUUCCUCGAACGCCAGGCAGGGUCAGCAGCCCAGUUACAAGUCAGGGGGCCUGAGCUGUUGGCGGUGUCCAGACUCCUGAUGGAGAAGGAGCAGGAGCUGCGGGAGACCGAACCCUUGCUGCACGAUGAAAAUGAAGAUUUAAGGAAGCUUGCAGAGAACGAAGUGGCUUUGUGUCAGAAAGAAAUAAGUCAGUUGAAGCAUCAGAUUGUCUUACUUUUGGUUCCUCCAGAAGAAACAGAUGGAAAUGAUUUGGUCCUGGAGGUAACUGCAGGAGUCGGGGGCCAGGAGGCAAUGUUGUUUACUUCAGAGAUGUUUGAUAUGUAUCAGCAGUAUGCUGCAUUUAAAAGAUGGAAGUUUGAAACCCUGGAAUAUUUUCCAAGUGAAAUAGGUGGCCUUAGACAUGCAUCUGCCAGCAUUGGGGGUUCAGAAGCCUAUAAACACCUGAAAUUUGAAGGAGGAGUGCACAGAGUACAAAGAGUGCCAAAGACAGAGAAGCAAGGCCGCAUUCAUACUAGCACCAUGUCAGUGGCAAUAUUACCCCAGCCUACUGAGAUUAAUCUGGUGAUCAAUCCUAAAGAUUUGAGAAUUGAUACUAAGAGAGCCAGUGGAGCUGGGGGCCAGCAUGUAAAUACCACAGACAGUGCUGUGCGGAUAGUCCAUCUUCCAACAGGUGUUGUUUCUGAAUGCCAACAAGAGAGAUCUCAACUGAAAAAUAAAGAGAUGGCUAUAAAAAAGUUACGUGCAAAGCUGUAUAGCAUGCAUCUAGAGGAAGAAACAAGUAAAAGAUACAAUGCUAGAAAGAUUCAGGUUGGAACUAAAGGAAGGUCAGAGAAAAUAAGAACAUAUAACUUUCCACAGAACCGUGUCACAGAUCACAGAAUAAACAAAUCGCUGCACGAUCUUGAAAGUUUCAUGCAAGGAGAUUGUCUACUGGAUGAAUUGAUACAGUCACUGAAGGACUAUGCUGAUUAUGAAUCCCUAGUAGAAAUUAUUUCCAAAGAAAAUUAAGUUUGUUUGUUAUUAAAGCCUUUUACAGUACAGGUUAGGAAAACUGUACUACAGCAGAUUGUGUUGUGUGUCAAUGCUCACCAGUAAUUCUCUUGGAAAACACAAGUUAACAUAAUUGGAAGUAUUAUGCAUAUUUACACCAUAGAUCAUUAAUGUAGCUCCCUUUCAAUGUAUUAGUAAAACAUACAACAUA